UCCGUAAAGUUGGUCGGUGGUCGAAUAAAAUUUGCUAAAUUUAUCAUCGUCCUCGCGGAAAUAAAUCUAAUCCCAUUAGUCCCUUCCCGCCGGACGCCUUCGAACCAAUGUGAAUCGGUUUCCCGGCCGCACAAUGUCUUACAACGUGGAUGAGAUGAGCUGGAUUGAUGUUCGGAAUCUGUUCCGAAAGUGGCGCGACGACAAUGAGCGAAAGAGUGACGACGUGAUGGAACUGUGGGACGGUGUACUGGCCAGCAAACAGCAGAAGCUGGGCAAUGAACGACACCUGGUGCUGGAACAGGUCAUUAUCGCUGCGCUCGACUGCAAUCGCAUCGAAACGGCCGAACACUGUGUGAGCAUUCUCUCGGCCGAGUUUCCCGGCAGUCUGCGCAUCCAGAAGUACCGUUCGAUGCUACUGGAAGCCCUGGGACGCUACGAAGAUGCUUUGGACGAGCUGGAAACCAUCAUCCGGAAAGACGAGACGAAUGCGGCGCCCCGAAAGCGCAAGGUGGCCAUACUGAAAACGCAGGGUCGCACGGCCGAAGCUAUCAAGGAGCUGUGCGACUACAUGAAGAUUUUCAUGUCCGACCAAGAAGGGUGGCAUGAGCUGUGCAAUCUGUAUUUGGCCGAGGGUGAGUACGCAAAGGCCGCCUUCUGCAUGGAAGAACUGCUGCUCCACAACCCGCACAGUCACCUGAUUCAUCAAAGGUUUGCCGACAUCCGGUACACUAUGGGAGGGCUGGACAAUAUCGAGACGGCGAAAACACACUACUGCAAGGCCGCAAAGCUCAAUGUUAACAACCUUCGCGCAUUGUAUGGAUUGUUUCUGUGCGCGGGUCACAUAAUGAACUCGAAGGCGGUCGUCGGAAAGCGAAAGGAAGCCCAAAAGCUAGCCCACUGGGCCAUGGAGCAGAUACAGGCACGAACGAAUGUGCCCGCAAAAGACACCAAAGCUACGGACAGUAAAGUGGGGAAAAGUCGGCUCGACAAGUCCACAGAUGAGCUGGCGGCGCUUGAGCAAGCCUUUGGCGGGUUAGAUGUCGGAAAACUAACCAAUUGACAGACCUGGCAUCACCAGAGUGUCGCCACUGUCCUCAGCGUUGUUUGAUGCCUGUUUGGCAAUUUUGUUUUGCGACUGAUGCACGAACAUCAGUUCCCGUUUUAGUUCAAUAACUAGCACCCAGGCGGCACGAGAGAUCCGCGGAGUGUAGCGGCUUACGUUUCAUGCGAACAUCCAUUCCCUUGGGUUAGGAUAAGUUAUGCGCGAUCUGAAACAGAUUCAACCAAUGGCGCACUAAGAAAGAGAAAAGACAACGUCAUGCAGCUGCACCUAGACGUGCAUUGGCCAACCGGAAGCGAUGGCAACACAAUGCACUUUUUAGUUUAUCAUCACCACAAAUAAACGGCAGUCUUCGUCUGUGUUUAUCACUUUCUUUUUUUAGUAUCAAACAUUCAGUACAUCCAGGGCGAAAAGCGUUAAGGUACCCUUAAGGAGGUGGUUAAUAAACGGUUUGAUUAGUAAGA